CCACCAACCACCCCCUCCUCAGCUCCACCCCGUCCAGCGGGUGGGGCGGCGGCGCGGCUGCCGGCGGCGCGGCUGCCGGCGGCGGCGCGGCGACCGGCGGCUGCGGCGGCAUCGGGCGGGCUGCUGCGCCUUCGGACAAGGUGGAAGGGGAGGGCGGCUGGAGCGGCGCCCACGCUGGAUUUGGCGCCGCGCCGCCGGGUGCGACAGACGGCGGCGGCGGCUGGUUCAGGGCUGGCGCGGCGGGCGGUGCGGUGUGCGGGAUGGGAGGCGGCGAAGUGUUCGCCUGCCCCCGCGCCACCGCCUUGCCAGUGCACCCUGCGGAGGUGCCGCGUGGCGCGCCGUUUGUUGCGCUGCCGGGCGCGCCGGGGGGGGCGGAGGGCGGUGUCGGGAUGAGGCCGCAGGGGGCGGUGGAGGAGGCCAGCUACGCCGCCGGAGAGGGCAGCUUGCAGCCCGCAACUGCGGUGUGCCCGCAGAUGGGUCUGCCGAUGGCGGUUGCUCCGUCGAUGGGGGCGGCGACCGCGCCGGCAGCGUACCCGGGCGCGCGCGCCGCGAUGGGCGACCCGCGGAUGGGAGGGGUGCAGCAGCAGGCGCUCUUCCGGCCGAUGGCGGUGGGGAUGCAGUGGCCGGUGGGGAUGGAGGCGAUGGGACUCCUGCCGGACCGGCAGCCCGCCGAGGAGUCGGCGGGCAGGAAGGCGAAGAAGUGGGCGUGCAUGGAGUGCCACAAGGCAAAGGCGGCUUGCGAGGGCGAUCCCUGCCGCCGCUGCGUGCGGCUCGGCAAAAAGUGCGUGCCGCAGGAGCGGCCGCCGCCCGGGAAGCGACGGCGAAACAAUCGAGGCGCGCCCACAGGCCCAGUUGUCGUCGUUCAGCCGCGGGACAGAUUCGCGCAGGCACCGGGACCGGUUCCGGUGUUGGCAGGGCCGCCGAUGGUUGGGCUGCCGAUCGGGGCGGUCCCCGGUGUUGGCAAGCCUGUUGGGUAUUCUGCGCCGGCCUGAGGGUCUCACAAGUCAUGUAUGCAUCAUCCAUCAUGUGCAUGUGUAUGUUGAUUGCUGUGCAGGUAUAAAGUCUCUUCUCUCUCUGAAACAUUGUGUAUUGAUGUUA